AUGCCAGAAAAUAAAUGUCUUGCCGAUAAAAUAUUUGCAUAUAGUCUGAAUGGAGACGUGAUCGGGCUGCGGAAUGCGAUACACAAUGAUUUGAUUAAAGAGAACCAUUGGAUAGACUGUACAUCGAAACUGGGAGAUACACCACUUCAUGUCGCAGCUCGCCAUGGUAACCUAGAAAUUGUGAGGUACUUGAUUGAGAGAUGUGAAGGACAGUGUUUCAUAAAUGUGUGCAAUAACCUUGGGAAGACGGCCCUUCAUGAAGCAGCACAGAACUGCUUUCAUGGAACAGUACAAUACCUGUUACAGCAUGGAGCAGAUAUAAAUCAGAUGAAGAGAAGUGACUGGACGCCUUUGAUGCUUGCUAGCACCAAAUUAGGGUCCAUUGCACUGAAGACUGUUCAUGUAUUACUUAAUCAUGAAGCAAACCCAUAUAUUAUGAAUAAGGAUGGUUGGACUGCACUCCAUAUUGCUUGUAAAAUUGGCCACUGUGGUAUUGUAACACUCUUGCUUGAACGUUUUCCAAACAUGGCCAACAUGCGCUCCAACAAUGGUCGAUAUCCCAUUCACACUGCAUGUGGAAGUCAGUGA